GAACGUUAUGGUGCUGAAGUACAUUACACCGUGUUUAAUUUCGACAACGAUAAUUAUGAAGCACUGUCAUCCGAGAUGAAGCAAAUUGAAAUUGGGAUAUUGAUAAACUGUGUCGGAACAGGACCACAAUCAGUAGCAAAUCUAAUAGAUCAACCAGAAGAUCAAGCAUCGCAAAUUAUACGUGUUAACUUAAUGUCAACUAUCAAGGGUUGGCGGCCAUUACCGUACAUGUCUUCGUAUCCGGCAAGCAAAGCAGCAAUCAACUUCUUCACAUCUGCAUUACAAGAUGAGUUUAGGAACUCCAAUAUACAUGUUCAGUGCCUGGUUCCGCUGCUCGUCGCAACAAAGAUUGCCUUCUAUAGUGCUCAUAAAGGGUCAUUCUGGAUUGUAACGGCGAAAGAUUUUGCGAAACAAGCAGUACGUUUAAUUGGCAAUCAUGAUUUAGCCACCGGAUGUAUCCAACAUGAUAUCCAGGUGCUUUCUUGUAUUUUUUAUUGGUUAUUCGUUUUUCUGCUGUUCUUUUGUAAAUCUUUAUAG